CUCUUUGAAAAAGCCGAAAGUCGUCGUUCCGAAGGUCAAACAAAUUUCAAGACCAAGGAAAGAAAUUCAUUAUCGUUAGUUGAAGUUUAGAGACGGUCGCAAAUAAGGGAAGAAAAGAAACUUAAGGAAACUUUUUCAACAAACAAUGUUCCCUUCGAAGAGCGCAAUGGACUACAUGAAUGAAAUGAAUAGAUUGUUCCCUAAAUCAGAAUCUAUUGAAUCAAGAAAUAUAGCACAGAACUACAAUUCUCCAUUUCAUACUGCGACUGCAAAUAAAUCUUCGAGUUCUGCGGAUUCAAUUUCACCCGAAUCAUAUUUUGAUUUUCAAUUUUACCGACAAACCGAUAAUUAUCUAUCAAGAAACAGAUGUGAGACGCCGAAACGCACAUUUUUCGAAUCCUCUACUAACAUUAAUGAAACUAAAACCUUUGAAUCGCUAAAGAAUAUAUACAACACUCCAAUGUCCCCUCCGAAUAGUAUUUACGGCUCCCCUAACUUAAACAUGUCACCCAGAAACGUAUUUGAGCGUCAAAAUAUACAUGAAACUAAAAUUUACGAACCUACAUUGGAUUUAUUACUCGAUGUGCCUAAUUAUAACAUUAAUUCCGAAACAACUUUCCCCGUCCGUCGCCAACGUCCGAUCGUGGGAAGAAAAAUUCUGGGGAACUCGCAGCAGAUUCAGAAAAAUGACUCCCUAUUUGACUUUUCGCAACUAGAGCCUCUACCACAAACACUAGAGAGAAAUCAGAAGAGUUAUGAACUGUUUCCAUCUGAGAGAAGUUACUUGCCGGCUACAAACAACGUUAUCAAACAGUCCGACCCAUAUAACAACAUGGGUUCUUUCAUAAAAAUGCCAUAUAAUCCUGGGCAACAACAACAAAAUCCUCAGUAUAGUUCUGCAGAUGGAAGCAGUAUGUACAAAAUGUGUACCUUCUGUCGGAAGAAUGGUGAAACUCCCGUUGUUUACAUGACACAUAAUGUUAAAGAGAAGAUUAGCAACCGGCACAUAGUGACCUGUCCCAUACUGAGGUCUCACAAGUGCUCAACCUGCGGAGCGUCAGGAGACGAUGCACACACUAUUACAUACUGCCCAGUGCUGAGACGUUCCAACAAUGGCAAGCCUUUGCAAUCUACAACAAUAACGUUGAAGAACACAAGAAUAAAAAGCAAUGGACGGAAACGCUACUGAGAUUGUACUAUUUCUAUAGCUCGAUGGUCAAUUUAUACCAUCUUCAAGUAGGUCCAGGAACAAUUACACAGUUUAAACAAGGUUUUACAAUGACUGCCAGUGAACUGUAAUGGUUAAAUAUAACAAGUAAAGUUUUUAAUGUUCGUUAGGACUUGGUU